AUGUUACUCUUAGUUUAUGUUAAUGAUGUGAUACUCAUUGGAAACACUUUGAAUCUAAUAAACAGAGUUGUUAUAGCCCUAGGAAAGAAAUUUUCUCUUAAAGAUUUUGGCUCCAUUAACUUCUUCCUAGGGAUUCAAGUUUCUCAGACUGACUCAGGGCUUCUUUUGACACAAUCCAAAUACAUUGAUGACUUACUCCACAAGCUCAAACUUACUUCUCUCAAGUCGUCUCCCACUCCCUUUAUUGUUGAGUGGUGUUUCUCUGUAACUAGAGGCAUUCCCAUGUCAGAUAUGUUCAUCUAUAGAAGUACCAUUGGGGUUCUGCAGUAUCUGACCAAUACACGAUCGGAUAUAGCCUACAUUGUCAAUCAUCUUAGCCAAUUCCUUCAACAACCAACUGAUAUUCACUGGCAGGGAGUCAAACGUGUCUUACAGUACCUAAGUGGAACAAAAGACAUGGGGUUACUAAUUCAACCUUCUGAUGACUUUGCCAUCAUUACAUUCUCUAAUAUUGAUUGGGCUUCAGAUAUCAAUGAUCGAAAAUCUGUUGCGGCUUACUGUGUGUAUCUCAGUAACUCUCUUGUCUCUUUAUCCUCAAAGAAGCAAACAACUAUUGCUCGCUCAAGCACAAAAUCUGAGUAUAGAGCUCUAGCUUAUACAUACAUCUGCUGA